GGAUCCUGUCAACCGCAAGGCUUGUUGUUAUACCUGCACAGCCAUCCAACCAACAUCCAACCAAGCAAGGCUGAACGGAAAUCGACUCUGGUAGCCCUUCUCUAUUCUGCCUUUUAUAACAACGCCACAUCCAUCUCGGACACGUUUCUCCGUUAUAUCUGCUAUAUCUUGCAUCUUGCAUCUUGCAUCUUGCCCCUGGCAUAUUAUCUAAUUCCUAGUAUAACCUGGUCAAUCUCUCACCAUGUCUGCUGUGCAACUCAAGUUCGCUCUCCGCACUUCCUCCAAUGUCAAGACCGUCCACCUGGUCGGCUCCUGGGACAACUACUCCCGUCAGAUCCCCCUCUCUCGGGACGAUGGCAAGCCAGGCGCCUGGGUCGGCAAGUUCCGCUUCCAGACCUCCAUGCUGAAGCCGGGUGGCCGUUACUGGUACUACUACAUCAUGGACGGCUACCACGUCUCCCAUGACCCCGCGAUGGAAUACACCGUCGAGCCCACCACCGGCCGCAAGCUGAACAUCCUCGAUGUUCCCGGGGGCAACAAGCCCUCCCACUCGGCACCCAAGCACCGCCGGGGCGAGGAUGUGGUCAAGGGCCGUGCUCCGUCUCCAUCCAAGAUCCACCACCCCAAGCCGUCCAAGCCCUACGCCUCCCGUCAAAUCCGGGAGACGGACUUCGCCCCGACCAUGGACGAUCUCACCAGACGGUUUGCCGGCUCGCGCAUGUCGGACGAGUACGAGCUCUCCAACAGCCCGCCCAGCUCCGUCGGCUCGUCCCUGUCCUCCCGAUCCUCCGGCAGCACCUCCCCGUCGUCGCUGUCCUCCAUGAGCGACCCGCCCACGCCCAUCUGCCACUGUGAGCGCUACGGGAUCACCCGCAAGGGUGACCGCGUCAAGCUCGACUGCGGGGGUAGCCGCUGCGGCUAUGUGACGGAGUCGUCCGAGGCCAGCUGCUCGGAGUCCGAUAGCGAUGAGGAGUACCGACGGGCCCGGAGCGCCGUUCGCCGCCAGGGUAUUGUGGUGCGCAGAUAAGCCAUCGAUU